AUGGGUUCUUUGGCUUUCAAAUAUCUCUGGCUGGUGGUUCUAUGUGCACUAAUUUGUGCCUCAGAGCCCAGAAGACUUGUAAUUACAAAUGGGGGAGAGAUUGAGAGUGAAAAGACAUUGCCUUUCCAGUUCUUUCCUGGAUACGGAGGCGGGCUCGGUGGAGGCGGAGGGUUUGGUGGUGGCGGGGGUGGUGGGUUAGGUGGUGGUUCGGGCUUCGGCAGUGGAGGUGGAGGGGGUUUCGGAUCUGGCAUUGGAGGUCUAGGGAGUGGCGGGGGCGGGGGGUUUGGCGGUGGUGGUGGUGGCGGCAUUUUAGGUGGCGGAGCUGGCGGAGGAGGUGGUGGUGGAUUUGGAGGUGGACUGCCUUGA